CUCUUCGUUUUCAGGCCGGUGUCCCUGCACUGAUGCGGACUGAUGAGGCAGUAUUUUCGGGCACGAAGCGGAGAGAAGAGCCACCAGGAUAAGAGUGGCCAGAGGAAAAGGCGAGACAUGUUCUCCAGGAAACAGCCCCCGGCCCUGGCUCGGGAAGAGAGCUACCGCCCAGCCCGGGCCCCGGAGCAGGUCUUGGGAACUGUUGACAAUAACAUGGGUGAUGGCUGCUCUCAGAAGGCGGCUACUGCUAAUAUUCUCCGCUUCCUGUUGCUGGUGUUGAUUCCGUGUAUCUGUGCACUCAUCGUUCUGCUGGUGAUCCUGCUUUCCUUUGUGGGAACAUUAAAAAAGGCUUAUUUUAAAUCAAAUGGGAGUGAACCUUUGGUCACUGAUGGUGAGGUUCAAGUGUCUGAUAUUAUUGCUACAAAUACAAUUUGUAACAAGAGCACGGUGACAUCUGCUACGCAUCCCAAUCAUCACAUUCCAGCCUGGACCACAGAUGCUUCUCUCCCAGGGGACCAAAAUCACAAGAACACAAGUGCCUGUGUGAACAUCACCCACAGCCAGUGUCAGAUGCUGCCCUACCAAACCACGCUAACACCCUUCUUCUCGAUUGUCAAAAACAUGGAAGUGGAGAAGUUCCUCAAGUUCUUCAUGUACCUCCAUCGCCUCAGCUGCUAUCAACAUAUCAUGCUUUUUGGCUGUAGCCUUGCCUUCCCCGAGUGUGUUGGUGAUGGUGAUGACAGCCAUGGUCUCCUGCCCUGUAGGUCUUUCUGUGAAGCUGCAAAAGAGGGCUGUGAAUCAGUCCUAGGGAUGGUGAACGCCUCCUGGCCCGGUUUCCUCACCUGCUCCCAGUUUAGAAACCAAACCGAAAGCAGCAACGUCAGCAGAAUUUGCUUCUCUCCACAACAGGAAAAAGGCAAGCAAUCGCUCUGCGGGGGCGGCGAGAGCUUUCUGUGCGCCAGCGGCCUCUGCGUGCCCGGGAAGCUGCGGUGCAACGGGCACAACGACUGCGACGACUGGAGCGACGAGGCCCACUGCAAUUGCAGUGAGAAUAUGUUCCACUGUCACACGGGCAAGUGCCUCAAUUCUAGCCUCGUGUGUGAUGGAUACGAUGACUGCGGGGACCUGAGUGAUGAGCAGAACUGUGCCUGUCACAGCCAGGGUCUGGCCGAGUGCCGGAGCGGACAGUGUAUCCCCAGCACCUUCCAGUGCGACGGGGACGAGGACUGCAGGGACGGCUCGGACGAGGAGAACUGUAGCCAGAGUCAGACUCCAUGUCAAGAAGGCGACCAAAGAUGCCUCUACACUUCCUGCCUUGAUUCAUGUGGUGGCAGCUCCCUCUGUGACCCGAACAACUGUAGUCAGUGUGAACCAAUUACGUUGGAACUCUGCAUGAAUUUACCCUACAACCAUACAAUCUAUCCAAAUUACCUGGGCCACAGGACUCAGAAGGAGGCAUCCAUCAGCUGGGAGUCCUCUCUUUUCCCUGCACUUGUUCAAACCAACUGUUACAAAUACCUCAUGUUUUUUGCUUGCACCAUUUUGGUACCAAAGUGUGAUGUGAACACAAGCCAGCGGAUCCCACCUUGCAGAGCCCUGUGCGAGCACUCCAAAGAACACUGCGAAUCUGUCCUUGGGGUUGUGGGCCUCCAGUGGCCUGAAGACACAGACUGCAAUCAAUUUCCAGAGGAAAAUUCAGACAACCAAACCUGUCUAAUGCCUGACGAAGCUGUGGAAGAAUGCUCACCUAGUCACUUCAAGUGUGGCUCUGGACGGUGUGUUCUGGCUUCCAGAAGAUGUGAUGGCCAGGCCGACUGUGAUGAUGACAGUGAUGAAGAAAACUGUGGCUGUAGAGAGAGAGAUCUGUGGGAAUGUCCAUCCAAUAAGCAAUGUUUGAAGCAUACAGUCAUCUGUGAUGGGUUCCCCGACUGUCCUGAUGGCAUGGAUGAGAAGAACUGUUCGUUUUGCCAGGACGAAGAACUCGAAUGUGCAAACCAUGAGUGUGUGUCCCGUGAGCGCUGGUGUGACGGGGCCGCCGACUGCGUGGACAGUUCUGACGAGUGGGACUGUGUGACCCUCUCCAAAAACGUGAGCUCCUCUUCGUUCCUGAUGGCUCACAGAUCUGCCAUAGACCACCACGUGUGCGCGGACGGCUGGCAGGAGACGUUAAGUCGGCUGGCCUGCAAGCAGAUGGGUUUAGGAGAACCAUCUGUGACGGAACUGGUACAGGAACAAGAGCAAGACCAGCUGUGGCUGACAUUACACCCCAGCUGGGAGAGCCUCAAUGGGACCACUUUGCAUGAACUGCUGGUAAAAGGGCAGGCGUGUCAUAGCAGAAGUAAGAUUUCUCUUCUGUGUACUAAACAAGACUGUGGGCGUCGCCCUGCUGCCCGAAUGAACAAGAGGAUCCUUGGGGGUCGGACAAGUCGCCCUGGAAGGUGGCCAUGGCAGUGUUCCCUGCAGAGUGAACCCAGUGGACAUAUUUGUGGCUGUGUCCUCAUUGCCAGGAAGUGGGUCCUGACGGUUGCCCACUGCUUCGAGGGGCGAGAGAACGCUGCCGUCUGGAAAGUGGUGUUUGGCAUCAACAAUCUGGACCACCCGUCAACGUUCAUGCAGACACGCCUGGUGAAGACCAUCGUCCUGCACCCUCGCUAUAGCCGAGCCGUGGUGGACUAUGACAUCAGCAUCGUGGAGCUAAGCGAAGAUGUCAAUGAAACCAGCUACGUCCGGCCGGUCUGCUUGCCCAGCUCAGAGCAGGCCUUGGAACCCGAUACGUACUGCUACAUCACAGGCUGGGGGCACAUGGGCAACAAAAUGCCUUUUAAGCUGCAAGAGGGAGAGGUCCGCAUCAUCUCCUUGGAGCAGUGCCAGUCCUACUUCGACAUGAAGACCAUCACCGCGCGGAUGAUAUGCGCCGGCUACGAGUCUGGUACCGUGGACUCGUGCAUGGGUGACAGCGGUGGGCCCCUUGUUUGCGAGCGGCCUGGAGGACAGUGGACAUUAUUUGGUUUAACGUCGUGGGGCUCCAUCUGCUUUUCCAAAGUCCUGGGGCCUGGAGUUUAUAGCAAUGUGUCCUACUUCGUCGAAUGGAUUGAAAGACAAAUAUACAUCCGCACCUUUCUCCUGAACUAAUUCCAAAGAUGAUGCCAGACUUUUGCCAGCUGCACUCAAAGAAAAUGGCCUUGUCGACUGUGGAGAGCUUCCUGCAGAGAGCUGUCCAGAAGCACUUUUCACGGACAGGGAUGCUCAGCGGUACACUGCAAAUGUGCAUGUUUGUUUUGGUCUAAUUUUAUUCAGUUUUUUCAACUUCAGUUUUCUCUUGCUUCAAGUUUAAUGACAGUCU